CGUCAAUAGAUUACUUCACUAAUUAUUGCGAUUUGGAUUUAUCUUUCUUGGAGAAGUUCAUUAUAGACAUUUUAUCCGUGAACUGAGCCUGGCUACCUAUAAUCGUGUAGCUGUAGGUCGUGUCCAAGAUGUCACGAAAUAGUUGUAUCAGCUGAAUCGAGAGCAAAAAGCAUAGGAUAUUUCUUGGACUGUUGACGGGGCAAGUAACUAUUUGCUAUGUUCCACAUCUUUUUGAUACUAGGCUCUUCCUUGGAUCCUCAAGUCAAGGACUUUUUGGAAAAGUUGAAAAGGGCUACCCGUCUUUUUGUCGAUCUGAGAAGCUUUGAUCAGGUGCCUCCUGAAGAAAGAAACUUCAAGUGGAUAGCUCAUCAUUUGAUGUUGUCUGUUGCCUAUUGUACAGUGAAGAAGCCAGAACCGGAUCCAUCCCAGCCGCAACCAAGACCUGAAGUGGUGCUUGGAAAAUUCGAGAUUUGUUGAGUACGAAUAUCUUUUUGUCAUUUUUGACGCACUUGAUGCAUUUGAGAGAAUGAACGAUUUAUUUGAUCUUAGAGAUACUACGGGUGGUUAUAUUGCGAUAUACAAUGACUUUCUCUUUAUCAUUCGCGAACUCUGUCAGCAAUUCAAUUUCGUUUUUCUGAUAGUUGGGAAAAGCAGAUUUUACCUAUACGCAACAUCCUAUUAUUCCCUUAUACUUUUUCUUUACUCCUCCUAUUACUUCUAUCCAUACACAACACAUUAACAUACUUAUAUUGGCUUCUUCAAAUGUCCGAUUGGAGUUGUCACUUUCAUCUCUAGAAAAGAACGACACUUUUGAAUGGUAUCCUUUUCAUUUCUCCUAGAAGACGAAGUACACGCCAACAUUCAACUCAUAAAAUUCCAACAUACUACUCAAAGUAAUAAACUUACUUAGAAAGAUUCAAUUUAUAGCUAAAAAUGAAUAAAUACUGCGUCUGUAACACUGCAAGAAGGAUUGCAAAGAUCAUUUGGCUAGACCUUAUUCAAUAUUUUCAUAAAGAGUUUGGCUCCACGGUUGAAGACAUUAUUGAUGUAUUUCAGUAUCUAAAAUCCUCAUUGUUCUGCAUGACUUUGUAAAUUUCGUUCCAGAGCCUUUACUUGAAUAAAGAGGUUGUCCUGCAU